AAGAUGAAUUGAAUCUUCUGGUUAUUGUAGUUGAUGCCAACCCAAUUUGGUGGGGAAAGCAAGCAUUAAAGGAAUCUCAGAGGGUCUGUGUCUGUCACCUGGACUGGAGUGCAGUAGCGUGAUCAUGGCUCACUGCAGCCUCAAUCUCCUGUUCUCAAGAAAUCCUCCUGCCUCAGCCUCCUGACUUGUUCACUUUAUCCAAAUGCAUAGAUGCUGUGAUGGUGCUGGGAAAUUCGCACUUAUUCAUGAAUCGUUCCAACAAACUUGCUGUGAUAGCAAGUCACAUUCAAGAAAGCCGAUUCUUAUAUCCUGGAAAGAAUGGCAGACUUGGAGACUUCUUCGGAGACCCUGGCAACCCUCCUGAAUUUAAUCCCUCUGGGAGUAAAGAUGGAAAAUACGAACUUUUAACGUCAGCAAAUGAAGUUAUUGUUGAAGAGAUUAAAGAUCUAAUGACCAAAGGUGACAUAAAGGGUCAACAUACAGAAACUUUGCUGGCAGGAUCCCUGGCCAAAGCCCUUUGCUACAUUCAUAGAAUGAACAAGGAAAUUAAAGAUAAUCAGGAAAUGAAAUCAAGGAUAUUGGUGAUUAAGGCUGCAGAAGACAGUGCGUUGCAGUAUAUGAACUUCAUGAAUGUCAUCUUCGCAGCACAGAAGCAGAAUAUUUUGAUUGAUGCCUGUGUUUUAGACUCCGACUCAGGGCUCCUCCAACAGGCUUGUGACAUCACGGGAGGACUGUACCUGAAGGUGCCUCAGAUGCCCUCCCUUCUGCAGUAUUUGCUGUGGGUGUUUCUUCCCGAUCAAGAUCAGAGAUCUCAGUUAAUCCUCCCACCCCCAGUUCAUGUUGACUACAGAGCUGCUUGCUUCUGUCAUCGAAAUCUCAUUGAAAUUGGUUAUGUCUGUUCUGUGUGUUUGUCAAUAUUCUGCAAUUUCAGCCCCAUUUGUACUACGUGCGAGACAGCCUUUAAAAUUUCUCUGCCUCCGGUACUGAAAGCCAAGAAAAAGAAACUGAAAGUGUCUGCCUGAGGAUAAAAUACUUUCCCCAUCUUUCAGAGCUGUUAAUAGGAAUUAUAUAGCAGAUUCUUUGUUGGGAAGACUGAAAAAAAUAAAGAUAGGUAUAGGAUAAUUUUUAAUGUGGUGACCUUACAGAAAGUAUUUCCCAAACAUCCUUUUCCUCCCGUGCUUCUGGAGGACUGAUUUGUUUGAGGGAGUCAUUCUAUGCAAUAUAUCCUAAAAUCCUAAAAUAUUCUAUGACUGGUUUCUGUCCAGAAAGGGGCAAGAAAGCACAUGUUUGUGGCUUUCGUUUUUCUAAUGGGAUGACUAUUAGUCAAAGUCAGCUUGUCAUGACUGAUCAUAGGCUUUCUAACCUACUACCUGAAUCCAGGUCCUCAUUGUGAAAUGCAUGCCAUGUGAAAUUUGAAUGUAGCUUUGGAAAAAGGGACUAUUUGUGGAGUAAUGGCAUUAAUCAACAUAGAACAUCUUAUUUGAAUCAACAGUUAACUUCAAUAGUCAUGUAAAUAAAAUUCUUAUUGUCUAAAUUGAGACAGCCUCAGAUAUUUGCAGAUAUUUACUUUUUGUCUGAUAUCAGUAUGUUUGGACAAAGUCAUCUAAAUAAUAGUUUGUCACCAAAUAACUACAAAAUCUCUCUCUUUUUUUUUUGAGACCGAGUCUCGCUCUGUCACCCAGGCUAGAGUGCAGUGGCGCGAUCUCGGCUCACUGCAAGCUCUGCCUCCCAGGUUCAUGCUAUUCUCCUGCCUCAGCCUCCCGAGUAGCUGGGACUACAGGGGCCCGCCACCACGCCUGGCUAAUUUUUUGUGUUUUUAGUAGAGACGGGGUUUCAUCGUGUUAGCCAGGAUGGUCUUGAUCUCCUGACCUCGUGAUCCGCCCGCCUCGGCCUCCCAAAGUGCUGGGAUUACAGGCGUGAGCCACUGCACCCAGCCCAAAAUCUCAUUUUAAAUGAGUAAAGAGAACAUGUGCAGAAGCAAAUUUUCUUCAAAAUAGUUGUGGGAAGAGCUUGUAUGUGAAAGCUUAUGACUGGUUUUGAGGGAGAACUUACUGGGGAAAAUGGACUGUGUUAAGUAUGGUUUUCAGAUAGAAUUCUUUCCUUUUUUAAUGGGGAAAAAAAAAUCCACAUUAAUAUUGAAACUGCACCUGUAAUCCCAGCACUUUGGGAGGCUGAGGCCAGAGGAUUGCUUGAGCCCAGGAGUUCGAGAGCAGCCUGGGCAACAAAGUAAGACCCCAUCUCUACUAAAAAUUUAAAUAUAUUUAUCGAAACUGUUCUCUAGAAGCUUUGGACUGAAUCCCAAAAAUGUUUAUAACUUCAAAAGCAAAAGUGUUUGUAAUUUCAACAAACAAAAAUUGUAUUUCUCUAUGUAAUCUUGAAAUUAUUAAAAGUCCUUUUAGCUUCUAGCACAUAUUUGUACAAAGAGUUUAAGGAAUGGUGGCUGGUUUGGUUUGUUUUUUAAAAAUGUUUACUGACGAGGCUGGGCAUGGUGGCUCACCCCUGUAAUCCCAGCACUUUGGGAGGCUGAGGCGGGCAGAUCACAAGGUCAGGAGUUCAAGAUCAGCCUGGCCAGUAUGGUGAAACCCUGUCUCUACUAAAAAUACAAAAAUUAGCCGUGCAAAGUAGCAGGCACCUGUAGUUCCAGCUACUCAGGAGGCUGAGGCAGGAGAAUUGCUUGAAUCCGGGAGGCAGAGGUUGCAGUGAGCCAAGAUAGCGCCUCUGUACUCCAGCCUGGGUGACAGAGCAAGACUCUGUAUCAAAAAAAAAAAAAAAAAAAGGCCGGGCACGGUGGCUCACGCCUGUAAUCCUAGCACUUUGGGAGGCCGAGGCGGGCGGAUCACGAGGUCAGGAGUGGUCAGGAUGGGUUUUUUGUUUUGUUUUGUUUUGUUUUUUGAGACAGAGUCUCGCUCUGUCGCCCAGGCUGGGGUGCAGUGGCGCAAUCUCGGCUCUCUGCAAGCUCCGUCUCCUGGGUUCAUGUCAUUCUCCUGCCUCAGCCUCCCAAGUAGCUGGGACUACUACUCUACUGAACCCGGGAGGCUGAAGUUCGAGACCAUCCUGCCCAACAUGGUGAAACCCUGUCUCUACUAAAAAUACAAAAAGUAGCUGGGCGUGGUGGCAGGUGCCUGUAAUCCCAGUGACUCGGGAGGCUGAGGCAGGAGGUGGAGGUUGCAGUGAGCCAAGAUCAAGAUUGCGCCAUUGCACUCCAGCCUGGGCGACAAGAACGAAACUGUCUCAAAAAAAAAAAAAAAAAGAUGUGUACUGACAAAACCCAUUGUGUACAAAACUUUGUAUGUAAGUAAGAUUUUAAUUUUCUCUUUAUACAAGCUGAGUCAUAUUUAAAUAAUUUGAUGUUUGCUUAGAUAAUUUCAGAUAGAUUUUAUAUUCUGGAUUUGUAUUUUUGUUAACAAAUAUACAAAGACUUUGGUGAUCACUGCAAAUAUUUGUUAAUCCUUGAGUUUGAGAACCUGUCUUUUAAAAAUAAUACUUAAUAUUUUGUAUACUAAUUAAGUGUAAUGGAAAUCACAAUUUUAAGUCUAGGAAAUAAAGUAUUAUAUAUCUAAAAGAGAUAUACUUUCAGACAAGCUAGCAAGGCUUUUAUUAUUACUUUUUAAUUUGAAAUGUCUUAUAUAUUUGGUUAGUUCUGUUUAACUUGUUUUUAACUGUUGUCCUUAUGAGUUAUUUUAUAUAAGUUUUUACAAUAAAAUAAUUUGAUUUUCA